CCUUGGGUGACAGUAAAAGAAAUAUUUCUUAGUGGACUACUCGGGUCCCAACUCUUAACAUUAUUCUAGCCAUAACUGACAAUUCAACAACACUACAACCCUCAAGCGGAUCCUGAAGUGGAAACACCUACUCCUCACUCUCCUGCUCUUUACCACCGCCCUGUGGUGCAUGUUGAACUGACAUAUGGCAACUGAUUAUCCACAAUUUCAUUUACAUAAAGUAGCACUGAGAGGGCACCACGGGCAGCGAAACCAACAACAAUAUCAACACAAUUUAAUCACAUUGUAUCGAAACUGUUGGCACAAUCGUCGACAACACCAACGGCGACAAUUCCAACCUCGACGAUGCUGAUGAUGCUGCUGCCGUUGCGAAUGCGAAAUGAUGACGAUGCGAUACGCAGAUGAGACCGCGACAAGUGCAAUUAAACACUUAUUGCCUUUGUUAUUGCACCAAUUAAGUGUGCCAUUAAAGACAUUAAAAAAGAAAGUGCGCAUUAAAAAUAAGAAGAAGAGAUUGUGCGGAAAGUCAUUCCCAUCGUUCCCAUUCGCAAGCCAACUGAGGUGUGGGAACAAAUAGACAAAAGUGUGGACGGAGAGGGUACAGAUAGGAAAGAGGAAGUAGAAGAAGAAGAAGAAGCCAGGAAGUGGUGGUGAAGAGAAAGACAUAACUUGGCUUUCAUCACCUGCCGACACACCACAAACUCUGGCGGAUUUGAACGUGAGCAAGCGAAUUUUCAAAUUGAGCAUUUUAAUUUAAGCAAUCAAUUCACACCCGCUCCUAAAUAUAUAUAUAUAUAUAUAUAUACGUAAAACCAAACGCAAAAGGGAAUCGAAGAACUGGAAUUCAAAUUAAUAAAUCAAUUUCACAGAAGCAGAAGAUGAGGUCGUCUACCGCCUUCCACAACCUGCCGAUGGUCUUGCUUAUAGUCUGCGCGUAUAUCUACACCAGUUCUAAUUUGCACGCGGAUGCCAUUGUUGUUGCCGUUGAUGGCAGCGCGUCUUUGUCUACUGAAGCAGAGGUAAGCGCUGAACACACAGACUCCUACAAUAUACGUCAUGGGCGCUCUAAAGUGCGACACUCAAAUGAGAAAGAGCAACUGCUCUGGGCUAUGCGACCACAAAACUUGAACGCCGGAAAUGACGGCGUUGUUGGUGGAGAUGUGAGCGCGAGAGGAAAUGGAGAAGAUAGCGAAAUAGGUGGAAGCAGUGUGAAAAGUGGGAGAAAGAACACCACAAACACCCUUACAGUUAAGAAGAGUCAUUUGCUCUCUGCUGAUGAUUAUGAUGGUGACUUGAUGCCCAAUUCAGCAGAAGCUACGACGUAUAAUUUUACGGCACACAAGAGUACUACUCACACACGUGUGGACGGUAGUUGGAAUCAUAAGGAGGCUGUCAGUAGUAUACAGACUGGUAACAGCGAACUAUUCGGCAGUGAUUAUUGGCGAAAUUCGUAUGUGAACGGCUCGUUGAUAAAUUCUUUCGUUGGCAGUGCCAAGAGACGCUUGAAACCCGCAAUUGAACCACUAAGUAGGUCUCACUCAGUUGCCGCAGCGUACUUCGGUGCGCCCGCCAAACGAAAAGAUAUCGCACACACCGAGACACCAGAUGUAGGGCCUAACGGUGUUGUCACUACCGAAGCGCCUGUUACACAUCGCAUACGAAAAUUGCAUAUGAAGAAAAUAAUGGAGAGCAUACGCAAUAGUGGCGGUGGUGUUGGUGGAGGCGGUUUCGGUGUGAAACUAUCUAAAAGUCAUCAUCGCAGCCUGAUGACAGCGGAACAGUUACAAGGCAGGCCAAUGGAUGUGGAAUUAGUGAAGCUGGAUAAAAAAGGUGUAGUUGAUGACGUAGCGGACACAAAGGGCAAGCUAGCAGAUAGCAGUGAUGCUGAUAGUGCUGCUGAAAUGCUUGUUGAGGAGGCUGAAGACGAGCCUGACAACAUCAGCAGACCCAUCAACAAUGAAGUUGAAGGUGGUGAAGUUGUUGCUAAUGACUCAGGCAACACUCGAGAUGUGAGCGUAGCGAAUGCAGCGAGUGAAAGUGCAGAGAACAGCGCUGUAGACGACAGCGAAGAUGCCGAGUCAAGCGAUAAUGAGUUAGUGGCUGAUAUGGAAGACACUAGUGACGGUGAUGAGGGUGGUGUGGAUGAUGAUAUAGACACUGAUGUUGAGCUGGAUGAGGUUUUGCAAUUAGCAGACGAAUUAGAUAUGCCAGUCAAUUCCUUAGAUGAUGUUGGCGAUGAUUACACUGCAACAACAACGCCAGCAGCAACAUAUACGACUAUCAAACCAGACGGCAGUGCGGAACUCAGCGAGCACUUUGCGGAAAUGAUAACAUACGCGACUCUCUUAGGGGGCUCAAACUUGAAUUCGCAAGGCACAGAAAUGCAAAAUGACGACACAUUUGCGGGGACAACUUCAAGUAUACCCACGUUGUCACCAACUAGAAAAACAACAACAAAGUUAAAGCUCAUACCGAAGUCCCCAAGACCAACCAAAUUAAUUUUGCUGCCAACAGUGGCAAUGAAAGAUUUUGCGCAAUCAAAAGCUGCGGUGGAGAAGAUGUUGGCGAAUCAGACACAAAACCGCACCUCGAUUAGCGUGGCACCGAAAUGGCAAGGAGGCGGUGUGAACGUAGCACCAAAGCAAAGAGAUGUGUUGGAACGGCGUCAGACAGAGCCAUCGAAAUCAACUUCAUUGCCCACAGACUUCAUUGACUCCAACGAAUUGCACGACAUAAUCGAUGUGUCGCAGUUUGAAGGCGUAGAGCUUGCGAAUGAUACCGCCGAAUAUGAUGACAGCACCUUGAGAAAUGCCUCAAAGCACUCCAUUUCACAAGCACCGCCAAGCACCUUGCAAACGCUAAUAGGUAAAGAGGCAAGCCCUGAAGACUACCGCUGGCCGGCUGCCAAUUUUUCACUCGAGCCCAAUCAGCAGGCGAGCACCAGCGUUGGGGGCAUUGCUGGUGUGGACCGCCAGCAGGCGUACGAUACGAUAUAA